AUGGCCGAGGCAGUCGACUACAAGGGCAGCCCAUCCUCGGCGGUGGCCGCUGUCCCCGCCUUCGAGGAGGAGACCGAUGAGGACAGGUGUGUCCGGAUCCUCUCCACCUUCGGCUUGGACCUCAGCCUCGCCGUCGCCUCGGCCCCCGUCGACCCCGACUCGACUGAUCUGGCAGCUCCAGCUCUGCCGCUUGGGGCGGAUCUGGUCAGGCCCGCGCCGCCUGCUCUACGUCACCUGGCUGGCGUCGCCUGGAAGGUGGUAAACCUGCCCUUCGACGUGAUCGCGGGCGGAAUGGGCGUCGUCCUGGGCACCCUGCGACACGGCGCACGGGCGUUCAACGGCGCGCUCGCCUUCCUCGGCUUCUCUCCUGGGCAGCACAAGCUCUCCUCAGAUGCCGUUGGGACUAGGGCGACACACCUUCCCCGUGUCGUCUUGAACAAUGUGCGUCUCCCACGUCUGCCGUUUGGAUGCACUACCGGUUGUCGAUGGGGGAUGGCAUCAGAAGUGGAUGGCAUCACAAAUGGUGGUAUUUUCUUCCAUGAGCUUCCAACCACGCCGUUGGCCAUCCUGUUCACGGGCCACCCAACUAUGUUUACUGAUCAACAUAUUGAUGAUUAUGGGCGCCGCUGCUGGGAUUUUUAUCCUGGUACUGAGGACAUACCCAUGAGCUCUGUUGGUUUCCUAGACGGAAUUCACUUCGUUGCAGUUUCUGCUGAUCUUACAGUGGUGAUUGGGCCAGUUGAAGUCACAUAUCCUGGGCCCGUUAUAUCAGAGCAGUUGAUUUUGCUUGAAAUACCAGCAGAGGGGGCUUCAGGGAUGGUGCCAUGGGGCAGUUAUGAUCAGCAGAAACUGCAACGAAGUGAGUUCCGUCUAGGAAACCAACAGAGCUCAUGGGUAUGUCCUCAGUACCAGGAAACCAACGAAGUGAGUUCUCUAUCUUAUGAAGAUGUGGUGAGCAGUAUAGUUUACUCUCUGGAUCGCCUCCCUGGUGGUGGAUGUGCCCUUGUCCGCACAUAUGACAUAGGCUACUUUGCAGUAUACCUGGGGGCAAACCAGGCCCUGGUCGUUCCUGCUGCAGUGCCAAUGAAUCAGCUUGCCAACACUAUAUACAUAGCAGACGACGAUGGAGUAACCAGCACUGCGAGGAUCUGGUCAGUCAACAUUGCUUCAGGUGAGACGGACUCCAUCCCGUUCCCACCUGGUGUGAUUCCUGGUCAUUACGGGCGUGCAACGUGGGCAGCUCCCCCGCCUCUCAACAUGCCGUUCUGGCACUGUGACACUACGAUGGGACGCUGA